AUGCUCUCCGCACCGACUCAACGCACUACCGCACUCACCGACCGUCAGGUCGAUCACGACAAGAUCGACAGAGAGGUUGAUUACAACAAGCAGAGGAUCAAGUUCUUGAAAGAAGAACUGGGCAAGGCACAAAGGAAUCUGCACACCAUGCAUGGAGACGACUAUCUCCACUACGUUGCCUUCAUCGAGUUCUGCAAGAGGGCGGUGAACAGGGGUGCGAGCUUCGCCUUCCUCUCCUGCAUAUCACGGAUGAAGUUUCGGAACAUGUCGCGCUGCUCGACGAAUUUCUCCACCUCGUGCUGCACAAUCAUGAUGGUCUCCCUCGGGUACCUGGAGGACGAUGUCGCCGUACUUGAAAUCGCCCUUGCUGAUCACCUUGAUCAUCGCUGCAAGCAGCUCAAGGCGCGGAAGCCUGGCUGCACCACCUGCCGCAAGUGCCCGGAUUGCUGGGACACGAGGGUGAGGUGCUGGAGGGCGUGCAUCGACUUCGACCUGGCGGGGUGCACCGAGUGCGGGGCGAUCCACCGCUGCGACGCGGCGACCUGCCCGGUGUUCGAGGAGGAGGACAGCCACGUCUGCACCAUCACGGGGAACUGCGUGCGGCUGAAGCGCUUCACCCACGACGAGUUUAUGGACAACGUGGUCAUCUCCGACCUCCCAGGGCCAGUGGAGCGGGAGAUGCGGCUGCUGACGGAUGAGCGGGAGGUCAGGGAGAACGUGGAGUGGCUCCUUUCCUCCCGCACGGCGCGGCAGAGCUUCGAGCAGGAGCGCGGCCGCAUGGAGCAGAAGCACCGGCACCUCCUUUGGAAGCUGCUGCGGGAGAUCAAGCUCCGGGGCGGCAUACCGAACCUCUGCCAGGUCAUGACGCAGAUCCUGCACGCCACCAACAAGAUCCGAGUGUGCAACACCAGCUUCCAACCCGAGCUGAGGCAGGAGGUCGUCGGGCGCUGCGUGUACAGCAUCGUGCGCUUCCUGAACCUCAUGGGCCAGCGCUUCCGCUCCGCGCUCGGCGCGCUCAAGACCUCCACCCUCGUGGUCGGCACGCUGUACCUGAUGCGGAUGGGGAUCUCCAUGCACAACAUCACCCUGCUGCCCCGCAUGCCGCAGCUCCAGCUCAUCCUCCCGAUGGAGACCCACCUCAAGACCUUCUUCCAGAUCAAGUGCAAGAGCAUCACCGAGGUCGAGAACCUCAUCAAGAUGUGCCUGCGUGGCCUGAGCCCCGCCGAGCUUGAGAAGAUGGGAUUCACCAUGGCGGAGGAGGUGCUUGGGAUGUAA